AUGCAGCUCGCAUAUCUCAUCCUCACCGUCUUCCUGGGACAGCUCCUGGGCACCACGGGGCAGGACACGGUCACCCAGGAACAUGGACCAGUCUUGGUGAAGCAGGGACACCCCUUCCACACCACAUGCAAAUACCAAGCCAGUUAUUUUACUGCCCUGCUGUGGUACCAGCUGAGGAAAGGCGAAGCCCCAGAGCUGAUCUCCUAUCAAGCAGGGGCUGGCUCCAAGCGCAGCGGCCGUUUCACCACGCAGCUGAACACCACGGGCAAAUCCAGUGUCCUGCAGCUGGAGGAAGUGGAGCUCUCUGACUCUGCCUUGUACCUCUGUGCUCUGCAAGACACCCUGGUGCAGGGUACUGCUGCUCUUGUCUUUGGGAAUGGAACUCAACUGACCGUGGAGCCAAACGUUUUAAAAACAUCUGACCCUCAAGUCAUUGUGAUGAAAUCAAAGAAACUGGAAGAAGAUGGCAGCUCUGGGAAAGCAGCUUGUUUGGCAAGGAACUCCACUACAAAGAACAUCAGAUUGGAGAUGCCCUCUCAGGAGGUGGUCUAUGAACAGAGCCCAUCGAUUUUGACGUCACAGGGGUUGUACAAUGCAAUUAAAGUGGUCAGGGUGACAAAAGACACAGAGGUGACCUGCACGGCCAAAUUCGAUGACCUCACGAUGACAGCACAGCCAGAAGAGGAGGCUGAAGAACCAAUAACAGGAUUUGGGGAACCAAACAGCACCAGAACAGAGUCAGGGGCCAGUGAGAGGGUUUGCAACAGCACAAACAUCUCAGCACAAGAUGCUGGAGGGCAGAGAGUGAACAUGCUGUCCAUGGCUGUGCUGGGUUUGAGAGUCCUGCUGGCAAAGAGCAUCGCCUUCAAUGCCCUCAUGAGCAUCAAGUUAUUUCUUUUCUGAGACGUGAGGAAUGAACCCAAAGAAGAGCAGGAAAGAACAUGAACCAGCAGCACAAGGGGGCUGAACAAGC